AUGAAUGUCCCUAGAUACAGAUGUACUACAAAGAGAAGGCAAUUGGUGGCCGCCAAGCUACAGGAGAUGCAGGAAAGGCAAGUCUUGGAAUACUCCACCGAACACAAACUGCAUAAGCAGGCACUUCGCUCUAUUCCGCUUCGAAAUCUGGCAAGAAGGAAGCAUGCCUUUCAUUGCUGGGAAGAACAUCACAGCAAGCAAAGCCCCUUUGUCCAAUUCUGUUCUAUUUGCAAUCGCUGGGUGAAGGGCGAAUCGGAAUGGACUAUCCACUGCCAAGAUCACAUCGAAAACCAACAGUCGCCAUUUCGAUGUGAUCUGAUUAUUUUGCGUAACGCAAUUGCCUGUCCUGGCUAUUGCCCUGUUCAUCUAGGAAGCCAUAAGUAUCCCGCAAACCAUAGCUUACAACAAUUUUGGGACCAAAGCGGUUGGCAGCGACAUGCUUCCGUUUGUGUUUCAGCGUUCACCAAAUCUCAGCUUAACCACUCUCAGUUACAGUGUCCGCACCUGGAUUGUCCGGUAGUAUCAACGUCCCCUAAGGAUCUGUGGCUACACUUAGCGGACAUUCAUAGCACUUCUGGGAAGCCCAUAAAGAAGCACAAAACACUCGAUGAAGACGGCCUAAGCGGUGACACGAUGUCCCCGCCCUUCGAGCGACACUGUGCCCAAUCCUCAAUUGACAGACAGGUGAAGCCGGUAUUCUACGGAAGUUGCAGUCACCUUACGUUUGUUAAUUGGGUGUCAUCUGAGAGUCUACCAAGAAGUGGCGGUCUCAUGGGGGACGAUUUUUCGUCUUUAUCGGAACUUACCGAGAAUGAGAAGAUCGGGCAUGAAAAUGACGGGGGGUCUCGCUCAGAUGUCCAAUCCUCGCCGUCUUCAACCAGCUUUCCCUAUAUGCUCUCAUCAAUUCAAGGGAAUGAUAAAAGUCUACAUCCUCACUUGCGGAGUAACCCGGCGAUCAGUUCUGGUCAAGACAAAGAGGCAGGCCAACAACCACCUCAAGACAUCACAGCCUUGUCAGGAACACAUGAUUUGGCUACAUCAUCUUCCACUGGGAUUGAAUCAGUUCCUCAAAGGGGCGGUACUUCAUACCCUUCUCUGCUAUCUCCUUAUAGCAUUGACGACAUGGCCGACUCUAAGCAUCUUAGUUCCAACGAGGCAUCAGGCCUCCUGCAGCCUGCCUCGAUUGUCAAAGCGGACACAUCAAGAGCUCAACUUGACGAAAGCAAUGACGAUAACUUCGGCAAUGCAUACGAAGCAAGUAAAAGGCUUCAAUUCAUUCUGUCGACCUCAGAGAACUCAGAUAUCAUCGAUCCACAGCUUUACAUUGACCAGAACUGCGAGGAAGAUCUGAGGACUAAAGAUGGAUAUGCGUCUUCAUCGCGCCAGAACAGGGUCUCCGCUAGUGAGAUGGGCCAACCUACAGCAUUAGACCCCGAUGGAGCUGUGUGGGAAGUGGAUCGAUUAUUGGCUAAGUGCAAGCAAGGAAGGCGGAUUCUGUAUCUUGUGAAAUGGAAAGGCUUUCCAGACGACGCAAAUGCAUGGGAGAAGAGAAAGGAUAUCAGCAUUGAUUUGGUCAGCCAGUUUGACAAAAGGUUUUCUGGCGAUGGAGGAACUCAUGAGGGGGGGUAG